UUCCAUGACAUUGGUCGGUCAAGACGCUCGGUUCCCCCAAAAAUUCGACGUCGGUAUCUGGCCACUGGCACACCAGUCGCCUUAAAUACACCUUCAAGACAGAAAUAUCUCGCUCGACUUCAAGGUCACCUUCGACGUUAUUCCUCCUCAUGUAAAGACGUUCAACGAAUACGGGAUUCCACCGGAGAUAAUGUUGAUUAUUGGAUUUUUUUCAGAACAGAUGAGAUAUUUGAUAGUCUUGAAAAAGCUGUUAACUAUGCAGUCGGUAUGGCAACUAUCUGUGGUUUUGCACUCAUUAUUUCAAAGCACUCAAAGGGAGGAACAUUGAGGAUUCUGAAGUGUAACCGAGGGGAACGUUAUCGAGGUAAUAAAAUAGCCAAUCUUAUUAAUACUGUCCUGAGAAAGUCGAAAACUAAAUUUACCGGAUGCCUGUUUGAGAUUAAAUUGAAAAAAGUGGCCGGUACGAAAGAUUCUUGGAGUGUAUGUUUUCCUUUGGAUGACCGGAAGGGAUACCAUAAUCAUCCGAUGGUUUUGUAUCCCGAGGGUCACCGACAGUUCAGCAGAUUGAGUGAAAAGGCAAGACAGAUCGUCCGUGACAUGACAUCUGCCCAGGCAAGACCGGCGGUAAUAUUGGCAGCGAUACAGGAGAAAUACCCGUCUGACAAUGCGGUUCGUCAACAGGUUUACAAUUUUAGGGCUAAAAUCCGAUCAGAGAGUUUCGAGGGCAGAGAUGUGACUUCCCAGCUUAUGCAUCUGGCUAGCCAGGCUAAUUACAUAAUUUUCACUGAUUAUAAUAAGGACACACACACCUUGACACGUGUGUUCAUGUCGCAUCCUCAGUCAGCCCUUCUCUUUCAGACAUAUUAUUGGUACGUCGGUAUAGAUUCGACGUACAAAACCAACAG